AUGGCGUUCUUAUCAUACGUCAUUUACUUAAUCUUCCUGCCGAUUCGAUGGCUGUUCUACCUUGUCAUCGUGAAGGGAUUUCAUUACAUCUUCCAAACGCUCGGAUUUACGAUCGGGUUGCUCGGCGGCUUAGUGGCUGGCUACUUCAUUUUCAUUCAUAAUCUCCCGACCGCUGUGGAGGAGCCGGAGGUGAAGGAGCUCAUCCCGGAGGGCGCGACGCUGAAGGAGGAGGAGCUGCAGGAGUAUUACUCGUAUCUUCCGCCAUGGGUCAGCAACCCGGACUACGAGCGCGUUGAUUGGAUGAACAAGCUCAUUGCUGAGAUGUGGCCCUACCUCAACAAGGCCAUCAGCGAGCAGAUCAGGGAGAUUGCGACGCCCAUUCUCAAGGCGCAGCAGCCCGCGUUCAUUGAGACACUUGCCUUCCAGGAGGUCGACCUCGGGACCAUCCCGCCCGCCGUCCUUGCCAUCAAGUCAUUUGACACCACGGACAACGAGGUCAUCCUGCAGAUGGCACUGCGCUGGGCGGCCAAUCCCAACAUCAUUGUCGCUGCCUCCGCCAAGGGCUUUACCGGCACCGUGCAGAUCAUCGACCUGCAGAUGGCAUCAACCGCACGCAUCACGCUCAAGCCACUCAUCCCCAUCUUCCCAUGCUUCUCAACCAUCACCGUCUCGCUCAUGGAUAAGCCGCAGGUGGAUUUCGGUCUAAAGGUGCUGGGACUAGACGUCAUGGCAAUCCCAGGCCUCUACACCUACGUGCAGAAGACCAUCAGCAACACAGUGGCAAGCAUGUACAUGUGGCCCAAGGUGCUGGAGGUCUACGACGACCAGCCGCUCGCCCCCAUCGGCUGGUUGGUCAUCACGCACAUCAAGGGCACCAAUAUGCGCAACAUUGCGGGAGGCGUGAUGAGCAAGUCCGACCCCUACGUGCGUUUCUCCAUCGACGGACGGGCACUAGGCCGCCGCACCACGUCGGUCAAGAAAGACGAUUUGGACCCCGACUGGGGCAAGGAGGAGGUGCUGGUGCGCGUGGCUGAUCUGCAGAAGCAGAAGCUGCAUGUUGAGGUCUUUGACAAGUCCUUCACGAACAAGCCCGACAAGCUGAUGAGCGUCACGCGGGUGGGGCUGGAGGGAGUGCACGAGGGCACUCCCACGCACUACGAGUCCCGCCUCGUUGCCCGCUUUGCUGACCUCGAGCCGGGCGCGCAGACAGGCAGCAAGAAGGACCUCGGGUUCCUGGGCUUUGACAUCAAGCUGCGUCCGUUGGCAAAGGGAGAGGCAGAGAUGCCAGACGAUGUGGAAAUCGAGGUCUUCCCCUCGUGGCUCAACGUGGGGGGAGGACGCCUGCGCAUAAUCCUGGGGGAGGGCGAGAACCUCGAGACCAACAAGCACGCCAACCCCUUCGUGGUGCUGCGCUUCCGAGCGCAGGAGUGGGCGAGCAAGGUGCACAAGAAGGCGGCAGAGCUGACGUUCGAUGAGGACGACAAGUGGGAAUUGCUGCUGGACGAGGCUCCUGCCAAGGACGUGCUGCAUGUGAAGGUCUACAGCAAGAACUUGAGCACGCUCUCUAUCUCCUCCUCCAAGGACCUCAUUGGGUACUGCGACAUCAGUCUAUCAGACGUGCUGGCCAAUGACGGGCGACUCAACCAAUUCUACACGCUCUCCGACUCGCCCAAGAACGGGCGCAUCAGGAUCGAGGUCCAGUGGCACGAGCGUACACCCGAGUCAACCGUGGUCAACGAGCCGCCUCCCGCAAACCGCAUGCAGUAA